AUGGAGGUUGCCUUCGUCUGUGGUGACCUUGAGUGGUCCGGUAAAUCCUUUUCCGAAGCAUUGAGGACGCUGGUAGAUGUCAGAUUUAACGCAGCCCUGCCGCGCGGUCAGGAAUACUUCAUGAGAGAGAUCGCUUCGACGCCAAUAAGUCAUCUGAUGACGGCCCGCAGAGACUACCAAGACAGCCAUUCGGAAAAUUCCAAAGGCGCCCCCCAAAAGAGACCCGCUCAGUCUUCUCUACAGGUUUCGGAGCUUCAAAGCUUCAGACCCCAGAGACAAGACUACAGCCACCCGGUCAAAGAUCUCUACAUAGAUGUAGUCAAAGCUUCCAUCACUUCAUCGGAAACUCUCGAGAUUCUCUGUCAUCACAACAGGACAGAAAGCUGCAUGCCUGGCUUGCCAACCUGGUGUCCUGACUGGACCGUGCAACGAGGCCAGAGAAUUCUCCUGUGGCAGAACGAUUACGCAGCUGGGGGCGAUGGGAGCAAACCAUCGGCAAGAUUCGAAGGAGAUGAGCUGCAGCUGGACGGCACGGUCAUGGAUAGAAUUGAGUGGGCGGUGCCGUUCGAGCCGAAGAUGUUCAGGAAACCCGGUUUGGUCUUUGAUCAGAUCAUGACACUCCAAGCUCGGGUGUUAGAACGGGCGCCUGAACUUCCCAAAGAGAGGCAGACAACUGCAUCGUUGGUCGACACAUUCAGAAGAACUCUGGUGCGAUCUCGCGUCAGGGUAAGAGGGCCGCGUCACGAGGCGACGGUUCUCGGUCAACAUGAAGCUGACAAGUUUUGGGAUGCUUGGUACAGUUCGAUGAUCGCCAUUUCCCCUAAGAAAGACAACACAGACAAAGCAUGA